AGAUACAGAUGGACUGUAGUGCGCGAUGCGCAGUCAUAGGCAUAUAUAAGCGAGCAGGAAGGGGCUGUGAAGGAACAGAAACCGAGUGCGGAGCUCCGGUGGCGCAACUGACCUAUGGUCAACGACUCAACGGGUCAGCGAGUUGUCGUUGUGGUCUUUGAGGAGGGGUUGGAGUCGUUCGGUGUAGUGUCAGCAUAUCUGGCUGCGGUAAGAAGAAGGGGACAGGCGACGGUAGUGUCGGGGAGCGAGUGAAGUCUUCAAGUUAGUGUUGGGCCCGGUGGCCGUGCUACCAGUCUGUCUGCGACUGCGGGAAGAAGAAGGAGACAGUUGGUAGUGCUGCUAAGAGGAGUGAGUGUUGCUGGGGGUCCGUCGCCGUGCGACCUGAGAAGAGCAGCUAUGGCGGACGUGCAGUUGGAAAGUGCCACGUCGGCAGCACCUGUGACGUUGCGCCGUCCUGUGCCGGUCGAUCUAGAUAAGUACGUGGAGAAGCCCCACCUGCCGCGGGCAUUGGCUGCGGUGACCAUGGAAACGCCAACUGGGACCCCGGGACACGAUCACCAGAACUUAACCGUUCUGCAGCAACAUGCUGCUUUCUUCGACAGGAACAAGGAUGGGCUGGUCUACCCUUGGGAGACGUAUGCCGGCUUUCGAGCUCUUGGGUUCAACUUCUUGAUCUCUCUCGCGGCAGCCAUCGUCAUCAACGGGACGAUGAGCUACAUGACACUCGACGGAUGGCUGCCAUCGCCGUUCUUCGUCAUCGUGAUCCGCAACAUUCACAAGGCGAAGCAUGCCAGCGACUCCGAGGUGUACGACAGCGAGGGGCGGUUUCAGCCGGAGAAAUUCGAAGAGAUCUUUUCGAAGUUCGACCGGGAGCACAAGGGUGGGUUGACUUUCUGGGAGUUGAUGGAGAUGACCGAGGCCCUUCGAGAUGCCGUCGAUCCCUUCGGAUGGACGGCUUCCAAGCUCGAGUGGGGGUUCACGUACUUGCUGGCGGCUAAGGGGGGACUCAUUUCGAAAAAUGCCAUUCGUGGGGUUUUGGAUGGGAGUCUGUUCGAGAUGAUCGAGCUCAGGCGCCGACGGAAGAAGGCUUUGGAGUGAUCGAGCUACCUCAGUCUGUGUGACUAUCCGAUGAUGAUAGAAACAAUUGCUCAAUUGCUCUCCUCCUCCUCCAGAGGAGCAGAGAGAAGCUUUUUAAGAAUAACGGCGAACUGAUGGAUUGUGUGUGGGCUUGGCUGUCUGUGGACUGUAGGCCAAAUAAUGAUUGAUUGGCUAGCCUGUCUGUCGUGCGAACGCCGAAUGCCAUGGUAAGAAGUCAAAGACCUCUUUGACUUCACGAUCACGGCCAGCGAUGGCGUAGUGAAGCUGCGGAGCCUGCCGUCACGUCCCAGGAACUUUGUUGAACAGGUAUCUGUUAUCGACUCUCGUCAUCUUCCGGUAGAGGAGGGGCUUAUCUCCCCGAGACUUUUAGAGUAGUGGAGAGCCUGAUGAGGACGAUGAGGACGAAGAUGAUGAUGACGAAGACGAUGACGAGGCUGCAGAACAGCACGAUCACGGCCGGCGAUGGCGUCGUGAAGCUGCGGAGCCUGCCGUCACGUCGCAGGAGCUUUGCGGCAGGUAUCUGUUAUCGACUCUCAUCAUCUUCUGGUAGAGGAGGGGCUUAUCUCCCCGAGACUUUUCGACUUGUGGAGAGCCUGGAUGAUGAGGACGAAUAUGAUGAUGACGAAGACGAUGACGAGGCUGCAGAACAGCAAUAGAAGCAGUUCUGUAAGUAUGGCUGCAGUAAUAGUAGCAAGUAGUUUAUAGGUAAUAGUAGCAUAAGGGUUUCGGUAGGUGCUAGGAAGGCUCCGUUCUCGAUUUCGGUUCUUCGAGGAGUCGGAGAGUCGGCAUUUCACAAUACAAACAACAGAAUAACAAAACAGCAAAAGAAAAACGUGAGCCGCCGCUGUCGAAUUUGUGAUGUGGGGAUGGGAGGUUAGGUGGGGAUUUACCUCCAGGUAAUGAGCCUUGCUCCACUAGUCACCACAUGCACUAAAGACAAAAAGAUAUGGCGGUAUAUGUCCAUCUUCUAGCGGCAGAUUCAUUCUCAUGUUGGUGUACGUCAACGGAUAAUCCGAACAACAUAUAUGAGUGUCUCUUUCCAUGUAACAGUUGUGUUUUGAUCUAAUGUGAUAUCACGGAAGCUUGGCGCU